AUGGACAAUAUCGCUAGAGAUUUACCUGUUCAAAUUAGGACUUUGGUUAAGGCAUCAAUGCUGAGUGAUUUAGAUAUACCCACGAUAAAAGAAGUUGAAGCCAAUAUUUGCCUUAGUGGGCGUAACGAGGCAUGUACAGGUACAGAGGAUGAACAUCGAUUAUCGUCCAGUUGCGAGAGUAUGCAACAGCAGAAGCAACAGCAGAUGCAACAGCAGAAACAACAGCAGAAACAACAGCAGAAGCAGCAGCAGAAGCAACAGCCGAAGCAACAACAUCAUGGCAGCUUCCCCGAUCUUCAAUAUUAUGAAAUUGGUCAGAGCGACGUCAGCAUUUCCGAUACCUUUCAACGCUCAAGUCCCGACAAUGCCAGUCCAUGUCCGAGUUCUUCGAUGCCCACAACUCAUCUCCACCCUAUUGGCUUGUGUACCGGCUCAGAAAUGUUGAGUCAGCAGCACCAAUUGCAGGAGGUCAUUCCCGGAAGUGUUUUCAGUGACGCUCCUCUAGGGCAUCUUCAUUAUCAUAUAUAUCCGAGUCGACGAACGAUCACUUGCCCCGACAGUGCACUCGGGCAAGGGGGCUCCGGAUGCCGGGGCCACAGUAGACUCAUGGAACAGCUUCAUCAACACGAUCAUCAUCAACACUAUCAAAGGCACGCCCAACCAAGGACACAAAUGCGCCAACCACCACCUCCGCCACCAUCGUCGAAUAUGGAGGAUCUCACGAAGGAAAGGGACGAGUCGCCUUCCAUAAAUCUUGACAAUUUUGGUAGAUACACACACGUAGCUCUUGAGAGAAAUGAGAAAGGCAAGAAUAUUUCCUUGGUGGAAUUAAAUAACGAUUCACAGGUCGUGAUGGGCGGAUCGAAGGGCAAGUGCCAGUGCCAUACAAUUCAACAACAAGCGCAACAGCUGCUGCAGCAGAAGCAUAACCCGGGUGCUCAGGUCAUAGGUCGCAUCGAGGAAGAAAUAACAGCGGCGAGUCAUCACCGCCAGCAACCGCCAGCACUACCGCCAAGACCCCCUCCGAGACCUUCCAGUAGACGCUAUGAAUUGCCUCCUGAUGCUUCCGACGACCAAAGACACGGCGGUAUCGAAAGAGGCGGCGGUUGCUGCAAGAAGUACGUAGUGCUCUGCUGCUUAUGCGGUGGACUGAGUGCCGCCGUUGGUAGCCUCUUCUUGGCUGUCCACGCUGUUCUAUCGGCGCACACCGCCAGCUUAGCUCUUUUCGAAACCGUACCCUCUUAUAUUCCUGGCACGAUGCUUAUAUUUAUGGGUCUGUUCACGAUGCUACUAGCAAGAAGAAAACAUCGCUAUGGAUUUCUGAUGAAGGUUUGCGGUUCUGUGAGCGUUGUCUGCGCGCUCGUCUGUGUUCUCGUAACCGUCACGACGACUGUCGUGCACAUGUCAAGGCUCCAGGGACUGCGAGAAUGCGUCUACACAGAACGUGCAAAGUCAUGCACGUGCUACGGAGCGCCUCAGUCACGUGCCUCUGACCCUGGAGUAUUAUUCGAAGGGACCCCAGACUGUGAAGCUGUCCACGGGGCACUUUAUGCUUGCUUGCGGGCCCUCUUCGGCGUCUCCGUGGCUGGCAUACUUGCCUGCAUUUUCUCCUGCAUGCUUGUAUAUCAGCUACUCAGUCACGAGAAGAAAAAAAUGUACUGGGAACAGUUGGAACUGAGAUGUCGUUCGCUUUAUAAUCAAGGCGCCGGGGCAGCUUUGGUAAAUGCCAGGCCCACGGGCACUUGUGGAUGCUGCAACGAUUGCGGUGGCAUCGGGCCCUGGUGGGCUCAGUCACCGGGCAAUCUGUACACGCCCAAUCCAGAUCUAGUCCCAUCGAGGCGUUGGCGAUUGCCGUGGUUGCGCAGCAGGGGCCCAGCACCCAGUGCCGACGCCAACUAUGGCUUCCACAGUCAAGCAGGUGCUGGGAAUCUUGGAAACAUCGGAGCCCAUCGCCAAUCGGAGGGCCUCAUGGACUCUGCUGGCAUCGUGCCCUACAGCAUACUGAGGCCACAGUCGGCUGGUGCGUACUCCAUUCUUCAAGCAACAGGACACGAUGAUCCCUACACUCAAAACAGCGGCCCCAGUCCUUACAGCGUACUUGAGACGGCGGUGCCACUUUGGGGCCCACCACCCCCUUACAGCGAUCCCAACAGUCCAGUUAGAAGGCCGAUGGACUCGAGGACAAGACUCACUAAAAGGGUUGACAACUAUCCCGUGAGAGAGGAAUACAGGAGAUCGCCAGAUAUAAAACGUCUAAACAGUAAUUACGAAAAUGCAGAUCAAGUUUCGAACGAUACCGAUACGGAAACUGGUGGAAACAGUGAGGGAAGAGUUGCACGUAAUAACAAGCGAAAGAAGCUAUUAAAGGGAGUAGAGAAUGCAGCUUUUCAACAACAAGAAGCUAAUGCGAUGCCUAAACAGUCGGAAAGCGAGCUUUACUUUGGUGAUGUUUCAUCCUGCUGUGGCCCGGAAAGUAGUCUCUACGAUGUUGCGACGGAGAAGGAAGGUAAUAUCCAGAACAGUCAACCGGAAGUUGGCACUAGUAACUACCUGUCACAGUAUCCAAAACGACCAUCCAGUAAGCGUGCGCGUCAUAAACAACAGCAAGCUCCAACGCAACAGGACGAUACAGAAAUGGUCGACUUGCCGUCAAAUUCAAGCUGCUCGUCCAACGGCGAUGAAACGGUUAAUAAUCGGAGUGCCUCGUACCCGAUGCACGAGCCAGACAUUGAGUACGAAUUAAUUAGACAGCGACAUUACGACUAUGAACCGCAGAAUGUUUCCGUUGUGUCUGUCUACUCGGAUAAGCAGCUACAGCAGCAGCCGGAAGAAGCAGCAGCAAAGAGUAGAGACGAUUCCGAUGAUGGGGCAUAUGGAGCUAAGGAGGAGUCCGAGGAAGCACUCGAUAAAAAUAGGGAACUUGACAAUUAUAUAUCUAAUUUCGAAGAAGAUGUUAGACCGGUUAAUGUUUAACUGACAUACUACCAUUGCUAUUAUUAUAGCAUUUUUAUUUCUGUUCCAAGGGAACGUGUUUAGAAUGGGAUUUGCUCUUCAUGUACGGAGUUUGUAAAAACAAAAACAAAACAUAAAAACAAAAAAAA